CCCAAAAAAAAAAAAGACAGAAAAAACUCUCCCCAACCAAUAGCCAUCGCAUCUCAAACGAUCUGCUGUUCAUCCUGCUGCUUUUUUCAGGUGAAUCAAUCAACGGUCAUGUCUGCCGCCGCCGUCGCCGCCUUCAAUCCAGCUUCCCUCCUUACUAGAAGAAGCAGCAGGAACGGAGGAGCCCUGUAUUUCGCUUGCAGGAGUUUCUACCUUUCAAGGCCGUCGCCCCAUCUCAGCGAACUCUUCUUCAGAAUCCCGCAUGGGUCCUUCAAGCGAGCUUCGUUCUUCACUCGCGUCAACCCUUUUUCCCCUGUUAUGGAAUGGCAGGAUUGCACGGCCAAGAUGGAAAUUGAUGUGCCAAUUUCUGUUGCCUAUAAAUGUUACUCUGAUCGUGAAGCAAUUCCCCGUUGGAUGCCCUUCAUAUCAUCUGUAAAGAUUUUGGAGGAUAAACCUGACCUAUCACGAUGGUCAUUGAAGUAUACAGCGUUUGGUCGUGAUAUUGAAUUCUCUUGGCUUGCUCGAAAUCUGCAGCCUAUCCCAAAUCAGAAAAUCCACUGGAGAUCUCUGGAAGGUCUUCCUAAUAGAGGAGCUGUUCGAUUUUAUCCGAAAGGCCCAUCAUCCUGCAUGGUGGAGUUGACUGUUUCAUAUGAAGUUCCUCAAAUUCUUGUUCCUGUGGCAUCGGUAAGUGUGCUGACCGAAUUUGGCUUUCAUUUUCUUGUUUCUAGCUGGUGCACCUGGCUUUGGGUACUUGCCCUAAUUAAAAUCAGUGGAAGAAGUCUAUUCUGGUCGACAAGAAAACAGGGAAAUAAAAUUUUGGAGCUUCUAGUUGGCGGAUUACAAAAUCUUUUCUGCUCUGUUUUUGUAUCUGCCAUGGAAUGAAGUAAUGGAGAAAACCCAUUUUGUGCUAAAAUUAGUUUUAGUAAUCUAACAUAUUUUCACUCUGCGACUUCAUCCAGGCCUUGCAACCUUUCCUUGAAGGUUUGCUUGCUCGUGGCUUGGAACGUUUUGCAAAAUUUGCAAAAAGCAACUGCAAAUAGCCAUGGUCUAAAUUGGGUGAGCUAAGCCUCACGACUGAACUAGCCAUGGUCUGAAUUAGGGAAGUUAAGCCUUGCAAUGCAAGAUCAUCAGCACCAUGUUUUUUCGUUUCGAACAGUAAUGAAUUCAUUCAAGCAAAUGAUAUGCAAGAAUAAGAUGAAAGAUCAAUAUUUCUGCUGCUGCAAUAUUCAUUGAUGACAGUUCCCAAUACAUUCAAUUGUAAUAUUCCAUUAUUGUGUGGAUAGUUUUCAAAAUUCUUCCAAACAACCGUUUAGCCU